GUCGGUAUUGCAGUCAACGUAUAUAGAAAUAGAAAGCCUUUUUCUCUGUAACCACGUUCUGUACAAGUCGUGAAUUAUAAAUAUGAGUGUAACAAUUUCUAAAAAACGCAAGUUCGUGUCGGAUGGCAUGUUCAAAGCUGAACUUAAUGAGUUUCUUACUCGUGAACUAGCAGAAGAUGGUUAUUCAGGUGUUGAAGUCCGAGUUACACCAGCUCGUAUGGAAAUCAUUAUUAUGGCCACAAAAACUCAACAAGUUUUGGGCGAAAAAGGACGUCGUAUUCGUGAAUUAACAACAAUGGUCCAAAAAAGAUUUAGUUAUGAACCAGGACGCAUUGAAUUAUAUGCAGAAAAAGUACCUACUCGCGGUUUAUGUGCAAUAGCACAGGCCGAAUCCUUACGUUAUAAAUUAACUGGUGGCCUAGCCGUUAGAAGGGCCUGUUAUGGUGUUUUGCGAUUUAUUAUGGAAUCUGGUGCAAAAGGAUGUGAAGUAGUAGUUUCAGGAAAACUUAGAGGCCAGAGAGCUAAAUCAAUGAAAUUUGUUGAUGGCUUAAUGAUUCAUUCCGGUGAUCCAUGUAAUGACUAUGUUGACACAGCAACAAGACAUGUACUUUUAAGACAAGGAGUUUUGGGAAUUAAAGUUAAAAUUAUGUUACCUUGGGAUCCAAAUCAAAAAUGUGGACCAAAGAAACCUUUACCAGAUUACAUUUCAGUUGCAGAACCAAAAGAAGAGAAGAUUUAUGAAAGUCCUACAACUGAAUAUAAAAUAGCACCACCAGUCAAGCCACAUGAGGAAGUUGAACCAUUGAAUUAAUGUGAAACAAAAUAAGCUGGUUCUUUUAUAAGUGAAAUAAAAAUUUGAAAAAUACAUACAUAUUUUAUUUUAUCUCUAAAAAAUAAAGCGGUUUCCAGAUAAUCUUUAUAUAUAGAAUAUUAAGUUAAUCUGACCAUAUUUUAGAGCAAUAAAGUUUUGUUUCAGGUUUUUUA